AUGCGCAAGCCAGAAAAGGCGGCAGGAGGUGCUGCUUUACUCACCUCUCUCUCUUUGCACACCAGGGGUCCAGAAGAGCCACUUUGCAGGAACUCCAUCCCAAGGGAUGUGGGGUGGUGACCUCCUUGGCUACGGUAUUUGAAAGACUGGGGUGGAGGGAGAGAACCCACCACCACCUUUUUCUCUCUCCCCAGAAGGCAGUGAUGGCUACCAAGUUGAAAGGCUUUAAAAGAGGAUUAGACAAAUUCAAGGGAAACCCAGCCGGAUGGGCAGGGUAUAAAUAAUAAAUUAUUAUUAUUAUAAGGCAGACUGAGGCAGAUGCCGCCUCAGGUGGUGGAAGCCAAGGUGUGCUGCCAAGGGGAAAGUCAUAUUGGUAACAAUUCCAAUAUUUUGGCUGUGGUCCAUACAUGUUUUCUUGAGAGUAAGAUCCAUUUAGUUCAAUUGGACUUUAAGUAGACACGCCUAAGGUUGCAAGUGGGAGGGACACAGAAAGACUUUAAUUCCACUGAUUACUCAGGGAAAGAGGAUACACAAACAAAUCCCCUUAUUCCUCUGCUGAGACAGAGGAAGGAGAAAGUGAUAUGCUACUAAAUAGUCAAUAUUUACUCUGAGAGACCAGAGAUAGGCACCUGUCAACAGGGCUUCUAUGGACUUUUGCCAUAUACUAUGAAAUGGAAGCAGUGUUCCUUUCCAUUUCAUUUCCCCAUUGUCCACAUAAUUUGGAAAAAUUCAGAGGGCUUAAAUACUUUUGUAUUUAAUUAGUUACAGUGGUACCUCGGGUUACAGACGCUUCAGGGUUAAGAACUUUGCUUCAGGAUGAGAACAGAAAUCGUGCUCUGGCGGCGUGGUGGCAGCGGGAGGCCCCAUUAGCUAAAGUGGUACCUCAGGUUAAGAACAGUUUCAGGUUAAGAACGGAACUCCAGAAGUUCUUAACCCAAGGUACCACUGUACUGUAAAUUGGCCCAAGUACUUUUUGAAGGGCUUGGUAUAAAUUAAAAGAAAAGCAUAAACCCACUUUUACUUUUACUUUCCUAGUCUAUAGAAUAUUAUUAUCAUAUAUACUCUCUCUCUGUGUGUGUGUGUGUGUGUGUGUGUGUGUGUGUGUAUUUCCUAGUCUAUAUAAGCAGUUCUGUUAAAUGCUGUGAAAAUAUUUCCUUGCUCUGUCAUGUCCUUUUCUGUUUAACAUGUACUAUUAUCGUACACCAGUAAUCCCCAAACUGUUCCACAUGAGAUCUAUUAGUGUGCCAUGAGAAACGCAUUGUAUUAAUUAAAGGAUUGUGUGAGCCCAGAAGUACCCCACCACAAAGGAGGAUGUCUACAACAUCCCUGCAAAAGUGAUUCACUCUAACUUUAUUUCCUUCUGGUCACUGUUGAGGGUAGGCAAUUCUGCCAUCUAUGUCAGGCUGGUAUGAUUAUAGCACUCAGUCGUUCUCUAUGCAGAGAUGCAAACGAUUACUCUAUCGCAGAGAAGACUACCUCUUGCAUCUCUUUGUGAUUCAUUGCUCUGGACCUGCCUACUUCCAAUUAGUGUUAGAAAGGAAAAAAGUAAAGGUUUUUGGAGGACAUUUCCUAUAUGUAGACAUAUAGAAGCUUUUCAGUUACUCAGGUAGAAUUAUGUAUAACUAACAAGCUUCUAUGUUCCUACACCAACAGAAGCUGGCCCCAUAAAAUAAAGCUACAUACACAUUACUGUUUACUCUGGUACACUCCCACUGGUGGUGUCUGAAGCUGUGUACAAUAUACAUGAAGUUAACCACAAUGCAUAUCUACAAUGUGGUUUUCUUGGGAAACACUGCUGUUUGAUGUAUUUUCCCCUUAAAAGCAGCUUCCAUCUAAUUUGAAAAUGUAAGCCACAUUCACUUUACAAUCUGAGGUACUUUUGAGGUAGCUGUCAUGCAUGCACAAUGACAUGUAUUUACAAAAUUGUUAUAUGCACUGCAGCAGCAGUAGGAUCAAGUCUCCAAUUUUCUGAAAAUAGGCACUGGGCUUUUGUGCAUAGUAUGCACAGCACAAAUCUUUGGAUAUCGGGCAGCUUGUCAGCUUAGCUAACAAAGUGUGGGGUCUGAGAGAGAGUAGAAAAUAAAAUUACUAGAAACUACUUAAAUCAGUUAACAUGGAUUUGUGAUUCCUUCAUUACUCCUUCCUGUUCUUUUAACUCCCACAUCAAUCACUGUUGUUUUACCCGGGUUUCCAAAUUAACCAAACCUGCUACAACUUGUUUCUUGUCAUUAAACACAACCUAAACAUCAAAGUGGAACUGCACCAAUCCAUCCAGAACAGGAAGUGUGCAUACUAAUAAAGAGAUGAAUGUUCCAGCAAAAUAUUGUGCCAUCAAGCCACAUGUUCCCAUUGUUUAAACCACUUCAGGGCAACCUUACAAACUUGAACAGCGGGAAAAUGUUAGAAGUUUCUAAACUGACGAGGAGCAUAGUGGAAUACAAGAGCCUGAUCCUUAUUUAAAAUAAUAAGAAAAAGGAUUUUAAUCAGGAUAAUUGCGUAUGAGUGUGAAAUCUUACAUAGCUUAAACUCAUCCUAUUUAUGCCCUUAAAUUGUUCCCCUUUUAUACAACAAAUUGCACUAUUUUUCCGCUCUCCCUUUUAUUUCCCUGUACUGUCCCCUUCGCCUUAUGAUCCAAACCCCGUCCUUAUGCUCGCGCUAGGAAGUAGGACGUGACCAAAACUGUGGGCGCGCUAAGGAUGCAGUAGCUUCACCUUGUGCUACUGCGCAUGCUCUAAUGCUUUCCCCUUCCCGAGCAGAGCGUUCUCGUCGCUAAGCAACCUGAAGGGGUGCAUUGUGGGCUUGCGAGGGAGAGAUGUAGGCCCUAACGUUGACAACGACCCGGGGCUGCGUCGGUCCCCCGAGUAGAGGGAGGGAAGGCAGCGCGGACUUGCUGGACGUCUGACAAAUUUCCUGAAUAUUGGUUGUCAAUCUUAUUACGCUUACAGGUUUUUUAAAAUUUUCUUAUUCUGUAAUUAUUUUACUGUUUUGAAAAAUAUUUUCAGCAGUGUAACUCUCGUUUUGGUGUUUGCAUUUACUGUAUAGGAAAACCGACACAACUGGAGUAGCUAAUCGCAGCUCCCGACUCCAGAAGAAUUUAACGUCCAUUGAGGUAAGCAUGAAAUUUUAAUAAGUUUUUCUUUAAAAAACACUUUGGGGUUUUUUGCUGUGAUGGUUUGUAUUGGGUUUUUCCCGUGAUGAUUUGUAAUGCAAAUACAAAUAUCAGUAAGGAACUGAUUUUGCUGGUACAAGAGCAUCGGUGAUGCAAGUUAACUGUUACACAAAAGUGUGUGCCGAUGCAGCUGAGCGAUUACUAUCUGUUCAAACGCUGUUAGGAAUUAUCACCGUGGGCGUAGUAGACAGGAUUUUUGUUAGGGGUGGCAGGCUUUUGUUGGAGGCAGAAUCUCAGAUUUGUAUUGAUUUUUAUGGAUUGGGGGGGCAACUGCCCUUUGCCCCCCCUUGGCAAUGCCCAUGAUUAUAACUUUUCUGAUUUAUUCCAUUAGAAGUAUAUACUUGAUCCUUAUCAGUCUGGUUUUAUUGCUUGCAACUGAUGGUCAUUACAUUGUGAACCACAAAAAAAAGCAAGGCAUUCCAAGAGCAAGUUAAAAAUGUAACAACUUUUAGGACUGCAGGUUAUCAAAACUUAAUGUUAUAAAGUUCCCAAAAUCAUUUGAUUUAACAAUCUCCCUGGCAGUUGUCACUGUUGUGGGUCCUAUAAUAAAAAUGUAACUUCCUCACAGCUAGUGCCUAUAAAGCUACUUUAGGUAACCAGCUUGUCUACAUUGGCCAGCACAGUAGUCAUCUAAUUUUGAAAAGCUGCUUAGUAAAUUUUGAAAUGAAUAGAGGGACCUUUCCAUAGGUAGAUUGCAUAAAGGACAAUAUAGGAUAUAGCACACAAUGUUUUUGAUCUGGCCUGAUCCACAAACACAAAGGCUAUACUUUGUUGGGCUGUUAAAGAAUUUAUUCAGAAAAUAUUCUGUGAGCAUAAGCUGAUCCCAGAAGAAAAAGAUUUAAGUUGCACACUUAUUUGUAACAACUAAUGAACGCAAUAAGACUUGAGCAGACACUCCUAAUUGGAAGAUACCUCAGAAGUGUUGUUGUCGUUUAGUCGUGUCCGACUCUUCGUGACCCCAUGGACCAGAGCACGCCAGGCACUCCUGUCUUUCACUGCCUCCCGCAGUUUGGUCAGACUCAUGUUUGUAGCUUAGAGAACACUGUCCAACCAUCUCGUCCUCUGUCGUCCCCUUCUCCUUGUGCCCUCUAUCUUUCCCAACAUCAGGGUCUUUUCCAGGGAGUCUUCUCUUCUCAUGAGGUGGCCAAAGUAUUGGAGCCUCAGCUUCAUGAUCUGUCCUUCCAGUGAGCACUCAGGGCUAAUUUCCUUAAGAAUGGAUGCAUUUGAUCUUCUUGCAGUCCAUGGGACUCUCAAGAGUCUCCUCCAGCACCAUAAUUCAAAAGCAUCAAUUCUUCAGCGAUUAGCCUUCUUUAUGGUCCAGAUCUCACUUCCAUACAUCACUACUGGGAAAACCAUGGCUUUAACUAUACCAACCUUUGUUGACAAAGUGAUGUCUCUGCUUUUUAAGAUGCUGUCAAGGUUUGCCAUCGCAUUUCUCCCAAGGAGCAGGCGUAUUUUAAUUUCGUGACUGCUGUCACCAUCUGCAGUGAUCAUGGAGCCCAAGAAAGUAAAAUCUCUCACUGCCUCCAUUUCUUCCCCUUCUAUUUGCCAGGAGGUGAUGGGACCAGUGGCCAUGAUCUUCGUUUUUUUUGAUGUUGAGCUUCAGACCAUAUUUUGCGCUCUCCUCUUUCACCCUCAUUAAAAGGUUCUUUAAUUCCUCCUCACUUUCUGCCAUUAAGGUUGUGUCAUCUGCAUAUCUGAGGUUGUUGAUAUUUCUUCCGGCGAUCUUAAUUCCGGCUUGGGAUUCAUCCAGCCCAGCCCUUCGCAUGAUGAAUCAGAAGUAAUCUAGUUCAAUGCAUAAUUUAUAUGUUGUAAAAAUUUAUGUAAUUGGACUAACUGAAUGCUUACUGAACGCUGAAGAUAAAGGUAAAUAUUUUAACAUAGUCAAUGUUUUAUAGGUUAAAAUGAUGAAAAAUGUCCACCUGGCAACCGAAGCAGAUGAAGAUGAUAUUUAUUCUGGUUACAAUGACUAUAAUCCUACCUUUGACACAGAGGUAAAAAUAUGGUGAUACCAAGUUUAUAUGUGGAUAUUUUACAGUUUUGGUGUGAUAAGGAAGCACAUUCCCUGUUUCCAUGACCACCUGCUACUUUGCAUAGAAGCAGAAAUUAAAAUGUGCAGAACAGUUUGGAUCAGCGUAAUUGAUAUUAAAAAGCUUGAGCUAGUGAAAUAAUGUACUACUGUGAGUCUGCAUACAAAUGUAGGAAAGGCCAUGAGUGAUAUCCAAUGUAAGCCACACUCGAAGUCAACCUGCUGUAACUUAAGUCCAUUAAUUUAAGUGGGUUUAAUCUAGCAUGAUUUCAUUCUCUAUCACCCUAUAAGAACAAGUUAGUGAAAAGCAAAUGAAAUGCAUGUCUGUAUUAUCUAGCUACACCAGCAAACAAAAUGAAUUGCAAAGUUAAUUAUUCCAAUGUUUAUCUGUUUUUAUGUUAUUUUAGGAUUUAGAGAAUGAUCCAGCUUUUCAACAAGCUGUGAAAACUAGUCAUGGUAGAAGACCUCCUGUAAGUAAAUAUUAAGAAUUAAAAUAUAUCAAAGUAAGCAUGUGUAAGCACUUCUAGAAGCUGCAUUUCUGCUGUAACAAGUUCAGCCUAUAUGCUUAUUGGUCCCACUAAGUUCAUCAAGGCUUUCUUUCUCCUGAGUAUGCUUAAGAUAGCAGCAGCCUUUGCUAUUUUCAUGCCCAGCAGAAGUAGCAUGUGUAGUGCCAUAACUUUCCUCAGCUAUUCUGUACCUUUCAUUGUGAAGUUUGAACUUUUCUUACAUUUGUGCCCUUGGGACUUCCCAAGUAGUUUUCUUCUGUAAUCAGACUCCAAAUAUGUGACUCUCAGUUGUGCCCCUUGGAAUGUUUUGCUCAGAAAAUCAUGCUAAGGUUCCAGAGAUGCAGUAAGGACAACAUAUUAUGAUCAAGCACUGAACAUAUGCAGUAAUUAGCAAGUUAUUGGAAUUGAAGAGAAAUGUGUAAAAGGACAAUGAAAGUUUUCCUUGAUAACUGCGCAUAAGUAACCACUUAAGUAUUCAUCUAUGUAUGUUUCAUCAUUCUAGUCAAGCAUUGUUCAUACUGACCAGCAGCACCUCUCAAACCCGGCUCUUCAAAGUCCAGAGCAGAGGGUUUUUUUCUGAGACUAGCUACAUGAGAUUCCUUAAAUGAAGAUUCUGGGGGCCAUAUCUGUGGCCUCAUACCCACAAGGCACAUACUUUCUUGCUGAGCAACAGAUGAUUUUCUAUCAGUGUUGACUUUCUGAUCAACCAUUUAGUAAUACAGUAGGUUGGUAGCCUAUUGCUUCAAUAGAUCUGACAUGUGAGGAUUGCCCCUGUUUUUGGACAGUAGGAGACAGUCUUGUCUGAAUUCUGAGAGAGAGUCACGACUUUUUAGUCUCUUGUCAAGAGGCUGCUCCAAAAACAUGACAUGAUGACAUUAAAACAUUUUUAGAAAUUGGUAUAUAGCUUUACUGUAAUUUUCUGUAAUAAUUAUAUUUUUAAUAUGCUAGUUUCUUUGAAUGAAUACAUAAUUCUUGCUUAACCUUUAAUCUUUUCUAAUAAGCUUACAGCCAAAGUUCCAGGUACAUCAGGUUCACGACCCUUAGCUACUGGAUAUGGGGUAAGUUUUUAUUUUGUACUGAAAUUUACUCCGCUUUUCUUUCUUUGGCUUAGCACUUUCUCCAAUGAACCAAUACACAUUGCUGUUUAAUUUCUGAUUCCAAUAAGCCUAUACAGUUGCAUAGUGAUGGGUCUUACAUUAUGCAUAGAUGUAACAGGGAUUGAUGCCAGACAGCGACAAGUGAAGUUCUGUAGCUGAAGAAUCUCAGGGUGGUCUUCAGGUCACAUAGUACAAACCCAGGAACUGGUCCUGGUACUUGUUGGCAUUUGCCUUUUUCAUGGUUUGUUUCACCUGCCAUUCUUUGAAUGAGAUUACUUUCCCACUUCAGAGAACAUCAGUGUGAAGCUAGUGUUGCUUGUGCAGGGUGGAGAAGACAAUUGGAGUUGUAUCUUUCUCUGCUGCGGUUUAGAAAUCUGGUAUCUGCAGUGAGAGGUCCCAUCCUUAGUUCUGUAAAUUCUGUAAUAAUAGAGCAGUGUUCCCUUUACGGUAUUAGAACAGUGUCCUCUGAGAUCCAGGCCUGUUCUUCCUUUAGAAGUAGAGCAUGCAGUGAUUAUUGACUUUAAAUAUUUUCUUACAUUGUGCUAGUCAAAGACAACACUAUCUUCAUCAAUGGGCAGACCAAUGACAGCAGCUGUACAGGUAAUAUUGCUACAAUUAUUUAUAGUUUAUAGACAAGCAUCAGUGUAAUGUAUAGAGCAAGUCAAGAGACAGGUCAUUAUGGUGAAGAGUUGAACUUCAAGCAGACAGAAAAAGAGCUGAGAAAAAGAGGGGAGGGAGAACAAAACUCAAUGAACACAACAUUAAAUUUAAUCUGUCUCUUUUUCUAAGCUAUCAUUAUCUGUUUGUUUCUUCAUAAUUGUCGUCGUAUUUAUCAUGGGCUUCUAAAAGCUGAAGGUGUGUCUAGAUUAAAACAAGCUUACACCUUUUCACGUAUCAGCUUAUUGCUUGAUUUGGUGUAUUUCCAAACAUAGGCCAGUUUCUUUCACAUGCUGCAGAAGAUGGAGGAAUCUGCAGUAGGUAAGAAGCUAGAAAAGUUUCAGGUUGUGUUGUGUUGCCACCAGGUUGCAGGAGGGGUAAGCUUGGACAAAUUCCUGAGGAUGUUCUGUACUUCAAUAUUUAAAAGUACCUCUCUGGCAUCAAGUCCUAAAUGUGCUUCUUGUCUUGUAAUACAAUCAAAUGCAGAAGCUGUGCUCUCAUCACUUAGAUUAAUCCAAGUGAUUAAUCAGCCAGUAAAAGCAGGGGUCCAGAGGGCAUGUGAUCAGUUGCAUCUCUGCGACUAUCCUGUCCGCAUCAUCAGGCUGCUUCAACUGGAUUUGGUUUGGUAGCAUCCAAGUCACUUUGAAAUCAGAUUACUGUGCCCUCAAAGUUUCUUGCAAAGCUCUUACAGCUAGUUACCAUGUACUCCAGGAGUCUGUCCCUUGAAUCUGGGGUAAUGAGUCUCUGGUCCUCAUGCAACAACCCUGUCAGCUGAUUCCUCAAGGAUGCAAUAGAUGCAGUGAAGAAUGACUUCUUUGCUGCCUUCACCCAUGUGGUAGGCAUGAUUAUGUGUCAUAGUGUGUGUUCAGUUGGCUUCAGAGCAAGAUUUGCAAUCCAGUCUUCAUAUAGCCUGCUUCAUCAACCACAGCUCCUUGGAGUACCAGGGAAGAAUACAAUGUCCACCAUUUCUCAGCCUUUUGGUAUUGUACCUUUGUUAGUCUUUCUUACAUUGGAAGCCCCUGAAGAAGGGCUACCAAUAAUUAUUUACCAGCAACCUGAGACAAUGUGACAUAUCAUUUAAUGGGAGCAAUCCAUUAGUAAAACCAUUGUCUCCUUUCCCCCAUUUGUUCUACAGGGGUGGGGGGAAACUUCAACAUAUAUUGUGCAGCCUUUUGCUAUGUCUAAACAUGAUCAGUAUUUUAGAAAUGGUAAAAUUAGAUUAUUUAAAGAGAAUAGUAUAAGAUUAUUCUGAAUACCUCUAAGACUGAUGCAUUUUAGUAAAGUACAUUUACCGAGAAGUAAGGUUCACUGGGGUUUGCUCCAAAGUAAGCGUGUAGAGCAGCAGCAGAGGCAGCAUUUAUCAUCUGUGAUCUUAGCAUGGUGGCGCUACAAUACUAAAUUCUGAGAUAAGCCUCUGCUGCUGCCUUUUUCUAUCAAAGAAAGGGUAUCUUCCUGCUCUAUGACUUCAAGUUUGAAUUGCCUGAUGCCAUCAGGUGCUUGGUGGGUGAGUGGCUCUGCCCAUUUGUCAAAAUGGCCUGUGAAGGGUGGGCCAAUUUGUUUAUUCUGUGAACUGCUGUGAGAUCUUUUAAUGAAGGGUUGUAUAUAAAAUUAACGAAUAAUAACAAUAAAUAAUAAUUCUUGGAUGUAGUCCUGGCCAGAUGCCAUUCUCCAUCUCUGUUGUAGAGUAUUGCAGUCUUGAGAGGAGUUCAACUAGUGUAUUCAUUAUAAAGUACCUAAAAGGUCAUAUAAUUCAGAGUGAUAUAAUUUAUAAAGCCCUGCUUCCUCAGUUAUCCAUAUAAAUAAGCUUUUGUUUUUAAAGGAUGGUGUUGCUCGACCGAUGACAGCAGUUCAGGCAGCAGGUUACACCAAAGCAGUUUCCAGAGGUACAGUUUUAGAAGAAUCCUUGGCAAUAAUAGGUUUUUUAAAAGCCUUGGGAAGGCACUUUCUCACAGUUCCCACUGUUUACUAAUCUGCAGGUUCUGUAUUUGAUCCUCUUGGUCAAGCAAGGGGACCAGCUCCUCCCCUAGAAACAAAGAAUGAAGAUAGGUAUGUGGACAGUGUUUGACUUUUGCAGUUAAAUGCUUCAGAUCUGUUUUGUUGUUGUUGUUCAGUAAUUUUUCAUUAAGAUUCCACCAUUUGUGCAUCUGGAUUCUGAAGAGAAAGAAAAUAAUUUGAUUAGAAGAGGAUUUUUGCUGUGCCUUUAUUUUUCUUAGGUUGCUACACUAUGGCUUUGAUAAUGUAGCAGUGGUCCUGGGUUAUCUCAUUAUAUGGUCAGUUGUACAAAGUUUAACUUGCUUUCUGUGAGAAAGUGCUUUGCUGUCACGUUUUGAUUUUUUAAUAUAUAAGCUAAUAAGUUAACAACAGCGCUGCAUUUAGCUAUAUAUCUACUAGCAUGAAUGAAUUAAAAAAUGUUGGUGGAUCUGCAGACAUAAAUCAGAACGAGGUUGGCCAGCUGUGCACAAUAACAGCAGAAUCUUAAAGCAGCCAAAAAUAACAGGGCUUCAGCAGCUUCUUUUAAUUUCUUCUUCCUAGACCACCAAGCCUUUUAAUGAUCAAAUGUGUUGUGAUUUAGCAUCAUCAAUAUUUAUUAAAUUUUGAUUGCGUUCCAUUACAAUGUUCCUUGUGAGGCUGAUGAUACAGAAUUAAACAAUGACUGCAGUACAAAAAUAAGGAUCUAAAUCAACAUUUAUAAAAUAUUUCCCAUGGCAAACAGAUGCAUAGUAGUCUGUUGGCCAAGGCUUAGUUAAAAGGCUAAGCACCAAGCUAAUUGUAGAAGGGAACUGAAUGAUUAUCCUCAAGGGUUCCAUUUGGAUUCAAAAUCAGAGUGACAUGGUAAAAGUAAAAAAUCUUUUUUCAUGUAAGGAAUAAAGCAGUUUGUAGCAACUGGAAAAGCUCACUGCUAAGGAUCACAUCAGUCUUUAUAUCUUAUUUAUUUUUGUAUACCUGAGGCUUAUAAGAUUAUUAAAAAACUACAAUAAAUUGAUGCAUGCAAUUGCAAGAAUAAUAGCAACUUUAAAAAGAAAUGGCAUCAUCAAAAGUUGGAAGAUUAAAAUACAAGUCAGAACAGAGAUGAGAAUAAAACAAUUAUUCCAAUACCAGAAAUCUUUCAGGUGCCAGGUGAUUCCCCCCCCCCCAUCUGUAGGUUGGAACCAGGGAAGUGCAAGCUGAUUUCUUCUCGUGGAACAGGGUGUUCUCACUGAAAUAUGAUUUUGAGGAUUGGGGGACCCUCCAGAAUGGCUUGGGAUGGAGAGUAGGGUCCUGCAGUGUGAAGGAAGAAUCACUGGAAUUAGAGGAGGGGCACAUUUCAUGGGUGGAAGUGCCUUUCUGCUCAUGCAAAGCACAUUUGAAUCCAACUCCUUGAUGGUAGCAGGCAAACUCCUACAUCUGAAGAGGGUAUUCUAUAAAUGUACCACCAGAGAAGACUCCCAUCACCAGCUUAUUCAGUUGUUGUUGGUUUUUUUUAAGCACACAUUACCAGUGGUGCUUAAUUUUUGUCAUGCUAUUUGUGGAUCUUCAUGAUAAUUUGAUUCCAUUGUGUUCCCUAAUUUUAGUCCGGAGGGAAAGAUUAAGCAGUUGGAAAAAAAAGUGAACGAGUUAGUUGAAGAAAGCUGCAUUGCUCACAGUUGUGGAGACUUAAAGUUGGUAAGUCAUAGCCUUUCAUUUAAGCUGCUGCUUUCAGCUUAGUUGGCAUACUGAUAGCUGAAGCAUAUGAGAUGGCUGCCACAAAGAAGCAUUCCGUGAACAUCCCAUAACAUUGGAAGUCAUUUGCCACACAAAUUGGCCCAUUCAUUUGUUAGAGAUAACACAGUGGUGGUGCACUUGUGCAGAGCCAUCAAUCACUGACUCCCUUGAGUUAAGAUAGACUUAUAUGCAAGUAUGUUUAUAUGUGAUGGAUUGUACAUGAAACACUUAAAUUGACUAGCACUUCACCACUGGCCACUGGCCUGUCUAUUUCAGACACAGUACAUUUCCUCCUGGAAGAAAUGCAGCUUGUUUCUGUUCUCAAAAUGCAAUUCUUAGAACCCAGGCCAUGGAAACUCUCCUGGCUAUUUAGUGUUGUUAAACUAUAUAGAGACAGAUGUAGAUUGUUUACUAGCUCCCUGGUGUGUGUGUGUAUUUGUCCCUAAAGAAACACUAUUGAAUUUAGCCAGAAAGUACAAUGAGAGCUGCAAUUUCUACUAUAUCUCCAAUUUGAUCAUUCUUUCUAUGUGAAUAUGCUGUUUCUUGUUCUUUUACUGUUCUUCCACUUAUUGUCUUUAUGUAUGCUAUAAAAAUGUGCUUGUAUAAGUUUGUAUAAGUGAAAAUAAAUUGUUUCAUACAAUGUUUUCUAAAGAAGGGCAGAAGGUGCUACUGAAAUGUGAUUUGUUUCUUUAAGGCUCUUGAAAAGGCGAAAGAUGCUGGAAGAAAGGAAAGAGCUUUAGUAAGACAACGUGAACAAACUAUGUCUCCUGCCAACAUCAACCUAGAUCUUACUUACACUGUAAGUACUUGUCUAUUUAGCAGAUCAGUUUCUGUCCUACCCUUUCUCAAGGACUUGAGGAAGGUAAUGACAGUUCAGGGGGAAAAAUAUGUACAAGAAGAACAGUAUUCCAGUUUAUCAAAUAGAGUGCAUGUCUAAAAUGUGAAGAAUAUUCACAUGUGAAUGCUGACACUCGGAUGAAUUUUGUAAAUGCCUAAAAUUAGAACUAUACAUUGUCCUGCCUCUACGAUGUUAAUUCAGCCACCUGGGAUCUAGGGGGAUUUAGUGAAGGAAGGGAGGGAGACAAUGCAUCCCUGAAAUACUGUCUUCUCCAUAGUGAAGCCAGUUGCUGGUGUUGUCAUUCCAUUAUGCUGCUGCUGCUUCUGGCUCCUCCAGGGGGCAGCUACUCUCUUGCUACUAUGCUGACUGAUGCUUCAUUUGUGAUUAUGAAAUUCAAAGUUGGUUGUUUCUAUCAUAUGAUGUAAAUGUUCUCACUUAUUUUCUUUCAGGUGCUCUUUAAUUUGGCCAGCCAGUACUCUGCUAAUGAAAUGUAUGCAGAAGCAUUAAAUACCUAUCAGGUCAUAGUGAAAAACAAGAUGUUUGUCAAUGGAGGUAGGUUACAUCUACAAAACCCAAACAUUCAAAUCAGUUAUUGGGUACAUCCUAGGAGAUGGGGACUCUUGGUCAUUGUCUUUAAUUUGCAGUCAAACGAGUGAGAAGUGAGAAUCGGCAGCAUCUCCUGAUCCAACUCUGAAUUCUGAUUGUGUUAUUGUGAUUAGUUUGAAAUCUGAAGUCAUAUAUAUUUGUAAACUUACAAAUUCUGUACAGAUGCCAAAUACUGGUUGCUUUCAGCUAAGAUGACUUUAUACUGCUAUAGUUUGUUUCCUUCAAAAAUAAUUUGAUAAAUUCACAACCUCCCUCUUUUCAAAGUCACGUUUAUUCCAAACACAAAUGCACUUUUGGAGUCAAUUCAGAUUUUCCUAUUAGGUUAAAACAUGCAGGAAAAGGUACUGGGAACAAGUCCAAACCUACCCCAGCCUGCCUGCUCCCCCCUGCGCUGCCACUGCUCCCCACUUUCCCUUGGUAGAAGCCAGGUUAAGAGUAGAUUCAAGCUAGUUUUGUGCUGGGCAAGAAGUUGCUUUUUACUCAAGGAGAAUGGGCAACAGGAGAGUUUAUGCUAUCCUAAGGCCUGCCACUACACUCCUUAACCUGGCAGAAAAUGAACCAGGCUUUUUUAUGCCUUUGCUUGUUGCCACCAAUAGUAGUUUCCCAUUUCAAGCAAUCACGUAAUCAUUUCGCCAGCAGAUUGCUCAUCCUUGCCCAGUAAUUUAAAGGCUGCAGAUUCAUCUGUAUCCAAGGUAUAGAUUUUCUGCAUGUAACCCGAGUAAAAUCCUGUGCGAGUCAUGGGAUACAUCUGUGUCUCAUUCUGUGCAUUGUUUAAUAGGCAUGCUGAAGGUGAACAUGGCAAAUAUUUAUUUGAAGCAGAGAAACUAUUCAAAAGCUAUCAAAUUUUACCGAAUGGCUCUAGAUCAGAUUGCAAGUGUCCAUAAAGAAAUGAGGUGAGUUCCAACGAGAAUAACUUUGACAUUAUUUGCUUACAAUAAUGUGAUAAAAACAGUUAGAAAAAACUUUAUAAUAAGUUAUAAAAACAAAAAUUGCCUAAGGAGGUCCACCAGGCUUGGUUUCUUCCUGUUUUUUGGAGGCUAGUUCAGACGUUUCUGUGUAGACGGGUUUUCAAUUGAUUUAACUUCUGCCUUUGUUUUAUCUUGGGGCCAAAGUUUACAUGAUGGAGGCAGUCAUGCCUGUGCAUUCACCUAUCUGCCCUCUUCAUGUAUAAUGUUCAGAGGAGGAGUGUCUAACAUUAACAAUAUACAAAUUUAGUAUUUAUUAUUACACAAAAUAAAUAAAUAAAUAGCAUUAACAGCAACAUGUGAACAUGGAUGAGAGCCAGGUUGCACUCUUGUUGCAUCUCCAUUACUUUGGGCAUUUUUCUUCCACUCUACUAGCAGUGAGCCAAGCUGGGAAAUACCAAGGGAGGUAAAGUGGGGAAAGUUUCAUCUCCACUCACAGCCUGCCCUUUUAAUAUAAAUCAUUGGCAUUAUAAUCAUCAUCUUCCUACCCUACACUCCUAUUUAUGGUUAAAUGGGGCUGACACAUGGCUGUUUUUGGCCUAGUUUGGCCCUUGACUGGUUGCUGUUUUGUUGUUUAUAAUAUUGAUUACAUUGUUUAAAUUGCAUCCAUUGCAUUUGAACUGAAGUGUAAGUCGAACUACUAGUAGUAUUUUUCAAUCUACUCCUGUACGAUAAGGUUCUAAUGGUUAUUUACUUAUUUAGGAUUAAAAUAAUGCAGAACAUUGGAGUCGCAUUUAUUAAAACUGGCCAAUAUACAGACGCCAUUAGCUCAUUUGAGCACAUCAUGAGCACAUCACCAAACCUAAAAGCAGGCUUCAACUUGAUCCUUUGCUAUUUUGCUACUGGAGACAGAGAACAAAUGAAAAAGGCUUUCCAGAAAUUAAUUGCGGUGCCACUGGGAAUUGAUGAUGACGACAAAUACAUUUCACAAGGAGUAAGUAGGAGCAAAGUUAUAUCUCCAAUUCAUAGGGCAAAUAAGCUUGAGAUGUUGAUUACAGGGGUUCUUUGUUGGUAUAUUCCAAUGGUAGUGUUGGUUCAAAUCCCACAUGUGCCAUGCUGAGGUGGGGAUGAGCUGCAUAGCUUAGGGCUGUUGGUCUAGGGCAGGGGUGGAGGCCCUUGAGCUGGGGGAGGGGGCCACAUCUCUUCCCUUUGGGAAUUUCCCCUCCCCAGGCCACAACCCUCACUGCCCUUGUUUGAAUGCUUUGGGGUGAAUGGAUUGCAGUUCUGAACUGUGAUGAUGCCUCUUGCUUGUCUGUGGAAGGGAUAACGUGUUUAGAAACUCCAACUUUUGCAUAUUUGCAAUGCAGUCUAUUGUAGUUCUUUCAGCAUUCUGUUACCAACAGUGACCAACCAGAUGCCACUGAGAAAACCAUAAGCAUGGCAUGCAAGCAACAACUCUUUCCUCUUGUUGUCCCCUUUGGGGGGGGAAGUAAUUAUUUUUCUGAUAGAAAGUAUGACAUGUAAUGUACUGUAGUUUACAGUCUGUUCUAAUAUGUGUAUGUGGGUUUGUAUACAUCCUUGUCUGCUGAUGAUGUAGCUGUAGUGAAUAGACAUUUAUUUGCCUUAUUUAGGAUGAUCCACAUACAAACCUACUGAUUGAAGCUAUUAAAAACGACAGCUUGCGGCAAAUGGAGCGUGAAAGGUAAAGUUUGAAGUCCUUUCAAAGUUGCACCAUCAUAGUGUGUUCUAUGAAUGUGUGGAACAGCUGAGCAGAGGUCUGGUCUAGAUUACUGAUUAAGCAAAUAUUGAACUCUCAGCUUUUUUUUCUUUGCCAUCCCCGUUUUUCUAUGUAACUUCAAGUACCCAUGUUCAGUCCUAUUUGAGCUUUUUGUUUAGCUUUGCUUUUCUAUUUUUAUUUUUUACACUUCUGCAAACAUAUGGUUUUCCCCAAGUCCCUCUUGUGUGUGGAUGGUACUCCUUUGGCUACAUAAGGAUCCAGACUCAAAGAAUGAGUUCACCAUUACUAUAUAGGAUGUAGACACUACUACUGUUAAUGCAUCGGAUGAAGUGCUCUGUAUAGUUCACAAAUGCUUAUGCCAUAAUAUAUCCAUUAGUUUUUAAGGUGCCGCAAGACUCUUGGUGUUGUGUUCUGCUUCUAUAUGUUUGUGAUAUUUGUUUGAAAUAAUUUCUUGUUCUUUAAAGGAAAGCUACAGCAGAAAAGUAUAUCAUGACAGCUGCUAAAUUAAUUGCUCCAGCGAUUGAAACAUCAUUUGCUGUAGGCUAUGAUUGGUAGGUGGCAUUUUUUUCAGCUGAGUUGCCUUUCUCAGAUCACUUAUCUCAGAAAACUCACAUAUUAGUCAGUGGUUCACCAACUACAGCCUGUAGUAGUUUGGCCCAAGCUAUGUAUACCAUUUUCCGCUUGUAUUACAUUUCACCAAAGCAACUAUCUGUAAACAAACAAUAAAUGUCCCUAAAAAUGGCAAAAGUGUCUUUCCCAAAUCAGUUUUAUCUUAAACAAUAGCAAACACAGUAAAUAAAUAAUUCACUUGUAACUUGUAAUAUUACAAGUGAACUCUUUAUUUACUGUGUUCGCUAUUGUUUAAGAUAAAACUGAUUUGGGAAAGAAACUACUUUUGCCGAUUAUAUGGAUGUUUAUUGUUUGUUUACAGAUGAUAUUAUCUUGGUGAUAUUAUCUUGUGUCGAUUGCAGUAAUCAUUGUAUCACCACCCUGUUCAUUGUUUUCUUGUAUUACAGUUCAUCAUUUUAAAAUGUGGCAAUUCCUAAAGGUUUAAAUGUUAAGCUCUUAAUUCAGCAACCACAUUUUUUUCUCCCUAGGGUUACAAUGAAACAAGUCACAGUUAAUUCAUAGUAUACUUGCCUGUCAGACCUCCAGAGUGUAAAUCCUAAUCUGAGAAGUGGUAAUGAGCUAGGAAAUCCCUGGUUCAAAUCACACCACAGCCAUAAACGUCCUCAUUGGCCUUUGGCAAGCAGCUAUCUCUCAGUCUCAGUCUGAAGUAUAGUAAUAUUGCAAUAGUAAUAAUACUGAGCCACCAUACAGGGCUGCUAUAAGUCAGGCCUGUGGAAUUUUUCACUUGCCAAGAUAGACUCAGUGCAUUAGCCUGUUAAUAGACCACCAAGUGUAUAAUAAGCCCCUGUUGCCUGUUUGCAACUGUAAACAAGCACGUAGUUUGUUUGGAUCCUAAAACCAAUAUAUUGGAUUCGCCUGUAACUGAUGCUUGGCAAAAACUGUACAGUUGCUUUCUUGACUUAGAGAGGCUCACUGCAACCAAUAAUUUCUCUGUUUUUUUAUUCUGCUCCAGGUGUGUAGAAAUGGUAAAAGCUUCUCAGUAUGUGGAGUUAGCCAAUGACCUGGAAAUCAAUAAAGCAAUUACAUAUUUGAGGCAAAAGGACUUUAAUCAGGUAUGAUAGUGUACAUAGCUUCCCCCUUAUUUUAUCCUUACAACCACCCUGUAAUGCAGAUUAGGCUUCAAAUGUCUGACUACCCCAGGCACCCUGACAAUCUGUGUUCUAAGCAGUGGCAUUUGCCACCAAUCACUGCUUGCUUUCUUGGAGAUCAUAGAAUCAUAGGAUUGUAGUUAGAAGGGAUCCCUAGGGUCAUCUAGUCCAGCCUCCUGCAAUGCAGGAAUCUCAUACAUGACAGAUGCCCAUCCAACCUCUGCUUAAAAACCUCCAAGGAAGAAAAAUCCACCACCUCUCAUGGGAGUCUGUUCCAUAGUCAAACAGCUCUUACUGUCAGAAGGUUCUUCCUGAUGUUUAGUCAGAAUCUCCGUUCUUGUAACUCGGAUCCUUGCAGUUAUUCCAGGUAGCCAGUGGGAAAAUUUUUGCUGUGCUCCUUGGCGCUGUGGGUUAAACCACAGAGUCUAGGACUUGCCGAUCAGAAGGUCGGCAGUUCAAAUCCCCACAACGGGGUGAGCUCCCGUUGGUCGGUCCCUGCUCCUGCCAACCUAGCAGUUCAAAAGCACGUCAAAGUGCAGGUAGAUAAAUAGGUACCGCUCCGGCAGGAAGGUAAACGGCGUUUCCGUGCGCUGCUCUGGUUCGCCAGAAGCGGCUUAGUCAUGCUGGCCACAUGAGCCGGAAGCUGUACACCGGCUCCCUCGGUCAAUAAAGCGAGAUGAGCACCGCAACCCCAGAGUCGGUCACGACUGGACCUAAUGGUCAGGGGUCCCUUUACCUUACUAAGCUUGCCUCUUAACUACUGCAAGGUCCAGGGCAAGCUGCACUCAUUCUUGCCCUUGUUAACAAGUGAUACCAUAAUGAAAUAAAAAGUGUGCCAGCUACACACUGAUAUUAUAGGAAUACUGUGGUUGACACUGAGAUAGUGGGCAAAUCAACUGGCUAUAUUUGACUGGUCCUUCAACCAAAGUGCUAACUCUUGAUAGGAUUGGUUUGUGUAAUGUGUCUGUCCUAAAUGUGUCUCUUCCACUCAUACAUUUAAUUCAUUGGUGUUCAGCUCAGCUUAUCUCAAUGUUUAUCAAAAUGUUACUUUUCCUUUCCUUUUAAUUAUUCCUUUCCUUCUUUUGUACUAUCUCUCCCGUUUUGUUUGGUACUGUAAGUAUGAAGAGGUAGGUACUAUACCAAUACCUAUUACAAGAUGAAAUUUGCAUAGGUUUAGUGUAGUUUGUCAGUCUUUCAAAGAAUUUGCAGCACUUAAUGACUGGGUAAAGAUGAAUUGUCUCUUGCAUUCUCUUCUCCUGCAGCUCAAGUCCAGCUUUCCCCACCUAAAUAUGGCAUUAACUGUCCAGGGAACUGAAUGCUGAUUCAGCAGUCAUGUUUAUUAGGGUUGCCAUACAUCCAGAAUUUCCAGGACAUAGCUGGGAUUCGGCCGUUGGAAACAGCAUCUGGACGGAAAGUGGUUAAAUGUCCAAGAAAAUCUGGACGUAUGGCAACUCAUGAUGGAAGUGUAGAUUCUGGCAAAUGUCCUUUAAAAUAGCUCAAAACUUUUUUUUAAAAAAAGUGUUGCAUGUACAUUUAUUAUUUAUUUACUUUAUAAUAAUUAAAUGCACAGCCAUAGCCAUACCCAUAGAAAGAGCUGAAUCUGUUUUUAAAUUUGAAAAACUGCUUCAGGGAGGGGAAGGAAGGUGGACUACUGAUGUCACUGGCUUCCAACCAAUCAGCACUCUGCACAGCCAUCUUGUGCUGUACACACACAGAAGUGGUUUCCUCUGGGCUCCAUCUGCGAGAAAGGCUGUGCUGUACUUCUAAAACAUAAGUCUGAAACAAAGCACUGUGAGCGUGCUUCUGCCGCAGACUCUGUACGCAUCCUCCUUCCGCUAUUAAUUCUUAGUAAAUUCAGGUCCUUGGUUAGGCAAGGUUCCAUAUGCAUUGCCAUAGUUUUACUGUAGCUGCAUUGUUUUAGUUCUGUCGCUUUAUUGGUAGCAAUCUAGGUGUGUAUCUUCUACAACUCAUGCUGUAGUUCAUUUGCUCAUUAUUGGUGCUUUCCCAUUUUCUUAUCCUGAAAGAAAUUAUAUCUUUGGGGAGGUUUUCAGGAAGCCACUUGAGCACCAGAGGUGAAGAAACCAUGCAAAAACUGUCCUUUGAUGGCUUUUGGCUUCACGGCCCAGGGUUGCCUUUCAAAUUAUUUCCGACAUGGUUGUUUAAUUAUUGUCAGUAAAAAUGAGGGGAGGUGUAGAAUAAAAAGCAACCUCCACUUAGCUUCAGGGUUGUUUAACACAAUACUUAUUAAUAAUUUUAACACCUCUGUAUAGAAAAAUGACAAGUACAGCAAAUUAUAACACAUUUUUAUUUUGCUAUGUGUAAACACAGUUUUUCCUGUAGGAAAAUAUUUUUCAUGACACUACUGGCUGUAUUCCGACAUAAUAAUGGGUUAGUGCUACACUCUAGCUUAGAAUUACGUCCAGAUGAGGGCAAUGGAAGGAAAACGAUGAUUACUGAUCAGGGGUAAGCCCUGGUAUCAACCAGUUUGAAAUAAAAUAUAAUAAAUGGAUAGUAUUUCUAGCAAGCAGCAUUCACUUUGCAAGAUAAUCUGUUAUUUAGAAGGGAAGGUCUGUAGCUAAGUGGUGGAGCAGGCAGAAAUCACUGGCAUUUCCAGGUAGAACUGGGUAAAGUCUCUGUCUCAACCCCUGGAGAGCUGUUUCUGACUUGGGUAGAUAAUACUGAGCUAAAUGGACCAAUGGUCUAUCUCAGUAUAUGGCUGUUUUGCUCAAUUUCCCAUGUUCUUGCAUCUUAUUGAGAAAUUUAGAUGGCGAGAGUGACUUAUUGAUGAUUGGACUUUACUUAGUAUGCUAACUCUUGCACUAUACUUACUAUACUGACUUGUUAUGAUUACCUAAAAUGUUUCAAUAACGGUUUUAUACUCAAGUCCCUAUUCCCAUUAUUUGGACACAAGUCUUGUGACUAUAACAGAUUUGAUUUGGAUAGGUGUGUUUAGGAUUAUAGCCAGAUAUUCUUGGCGAUAAACAAAAACCCAUGGUUGAGAGCUUCCAUAAAACCUAAGCUUAAGUCACGCACAUCUGAAAUGCUUUCCCCCCGCACCUCUGAAAUUAAUGGUUUCUUUAGAUAAUUCAUUGUAAUGAGAAAAAUGUUCUGCUAUAGUAGAAGUAUGGACUUCCUAAGUGGUUUGCUGGGGAGCAAUAAACUUGAGCUAGCCCCAUGUGUUUUGCAUAUGCCCUCUUUUGCACCUCAUAAAUUAAGACAGUAAUGCACUUUGUGCUGGAAACUGUAAACCUAAAAUAUACUUAAAUUCUUGGCUUGCUGCUUUAAGGUACAUUCACUUUAUAGUAAGUAACUGAAUUUCUGUGCUCCAUAAACUUCUGUGUAGGAGAAAAUGGAGCCUGGUGAAUUGUAACAAGUAUUUUUAUAUUGUAGGAAAAAAAUGAGUCAAACUGAAACUGAAAGAAGUAUAACUUUCCAAAGCAAUUUCGCAUUUUGGUGGUGGCUGAUAUGAUUAUGAUCUAUAUUUUUUCAGCAAAUUUUGGAACCUUCUUUUAAAAAGCAAUGAAUUGCAUUUAUUUUAAUUCCUUCUCCAUGCACCAACAUAAUUUAAGUUCUAAAUGUUUAAAAACAAAGCACUUUGUUAAGAAUACUUGUGCCUAGUGUAAAUCCAAAUCCAAUAGUACUAUAUUCUUUCUCCACAUAGUAGAAAGUAGAGGAAACUUUGCUGAGGAGGAAGGAAAAGAGUUAUUGUUGGGCUGCUUGUUUUUGUUUUUUUUAAAGUAGAGAUGUGCUCUAAAGCACUGCAAAGCUGGUAUGCACAGCUCUCGGUUCUUGUUAAAUUUAGCAAAAUUAAGCACCUGGAAGAACAGCAUUAUAUGUCUGUCUGCUGUGGCAGAAUUUUACAUAAUUAAUUACCUAAUCAUUAUGUUAUUCCACGCUAUUCAUUUCAGCACAAAGGAAUCACAAUGCAAUUGGAAAAGAAGUGAUCAAUGACAUAUUAUUUGCGGACAAAAAACAACAGCAGCAAAUACUGAUCAUAUGUGCAGGAUUGAUUUCUUUCUCAGACACGAAUAAGCAAACAUCAACAAUUUUCACUCCCAUUUCCAUCAGAAUUCUCUGACAUCCCUAGUUACAUCCACACUGUAGUGACAUUCUCUGUUGCUGCUGCCCACAAAUUCCCCCACUAAGGAUCAGGGUGCCAAAAAUGCAGCCAUGAGUUGGCGUCAUCAAAAUCCAGUAAUUAUUUUGAAAACAAAUCACUUCAAGAACCUUGCAUUUGUAAUACAAAAUGCAUACAACAAAUUAAUUUGUUUUAAAUUAAUGAUUCAGUGAUGUCUACAAAUUUAUUUAUUAAAAAUAUGAUUCAGGAUGGAAAAAUAUAGUGUGAAUCCAGAAUAAAAAUGUACUUAUCCUGGUUUCUUAAGACUGGUCAUUGACCAUAAUAAUAAAGAUUUGAUUUGAUUUGGUUAAAACAGCAUAAAAUAAAAAUGCAAUAAUGCCUAAAGCUAUUCAUUGUUAAAGAUCUCAGUGCUCCUUAUCUUGAGACAUACUGUAGAUCUGUUUAAUAGCUACUGAACUUACAUGGCUUUCCUCAGAUCACUCUGGGACGUAAAAUUUCCAGUGCAUAGUUAUGCACGUUUACUCAGAAAUCUGUUCCUUGCCCCUUCUUCCACUGAACUUCAGGAAACAGGGCUUGACUGUAGUAUGUAGGCUUCUAAAUGCAUUUACUUGGGGAAAAGUCGCUUUUGAUUUUAUUGGAGCAUCUUGAGUAUUAAUGAGUUUCUGAUUGCUAUCAAAUGUAUUUUAUUCUGUGAUCUUAAACAUGACACAUACUAUCAUGAUUUAUGAUGUUACACUGACAGAUAGACACUAUAUCCUAGCCUAAGCGUUUAUUUUGCAUUGCUUCUCACUACAGAAAAAGUGCAGCAGCCCCAGUUUGUUUGAAUGGUUUAACAACGUGAGUCACUUUAUUAUUACUUGCUUCUAGGCUGUGGAGACUUUAAAGAUGUUCGAAAAAAAAGAUAGCAGAGUUAAAAGUGCAGCUGCAACGAACCUUUCGUUUCUUUACUUCUUGGUGAGUGAAUGCGUGGUGGGUGUAUUUCAGUUAAUUUACUUAAUCCAAGUCUGAGAGCAUGUGGCCCCUUUGGAUUUAAUAUAUUUUGUCUUAAAUUCAAUUAGUAGUGGUUUCGAAGAUAAUUGUUGAACACAUUUAUUUGAAUUAGAAUGUUAAAACUGCCAACUCAGCUUCAUUUUAAUUGUUUCUUAUGGUUGCAUCCAACAAAGUCGCCCUACUUCUGCUUGUGCAAUGGGACUUUCUUUCCUCCAUUCCCUCACUCAAAAAACCCCCUUCUGCUCUGGAAGUUUGGGAAAAACCCCAGAGAGGAGAGGAAGGAAGUUCCAUUGUGAAGGUAGAAGCCCUUGUGUUGACAGAAUACAUUCAUUGGAUACAACUCUUAAUAUUCUAACACUUGGAUAUAUUAUUCUAAUACCAACACUGCACAUUUUGAGAAGCUCAGACUGCAUUAACUGAAUAAAAACUCAUCAAGAACUUCAGUAGAAUCUUGAUUUCACUUAAUGUAGCCCACAAAUGUCCAUGACGAACCUGUCGCAGUGCCAUAGACCUCUCUGUAAAAACAAAAAAGAAUAAUGAGUUCAUUGUGAUCUUUAAAGUGCACUGUGGUGUUAUGACAGUUGUCAUGACAGAACAGACCUCUUCAGAUGCCAGAAGUAGACUGAAAAUGGAAAAGGCAGAGAAUAUUAUUUUAAUAUUGCCUGCCUGCCUAAGAUGUGAUCAGUGCAUUGUUGAAGCUCAUCAGACUAAUUGUGUAUGAUAAGAGCAGUAGAGGACAAGGGAAGACACGAGCCAGCGCCUGCUUUUUCCCUCUCUCACAUCCAGUGGUGCAGGAAGAGGGGCAGGGGGGCGGUUCCAUCCCUGAAGGGGGAGACAUCGCCGCGGGCGCCGCCAUUGGGAUGCUCUUGCAUGGGCAACCGCUGCCCCCAUUGUGGCACUUGUGCACGAGCAGCACCCCCAUUGGGAUGCUCGUGCAGGUGACAUGCCACGCCCCCCCGCUCCAGGUGCCAAAGCCCCUAGCUCCGCCACUUCCCACAACCCACCCGAAGAAAUGAUAAUGCAGAUAACACACACCUCUUGGGUGGCUUGUGUAGUUUAGGACAUUGCCCAUGGAGUCAUGGAUGCUGGAUUGGAGCAUAUACCCUGAACAAUAGCUCUUUGUCUGGACUUCCUAGAUUUGGUUAUGGACAUCAAGAGCCUUGAGACAUAAAGGAAGAGAAAAACUAUUAAAGUCCCUUUCCCAAAAUUUGCUAUAGGAUAGAAGGUUAUUUGGAAUGCUGAUGUUAAGCUUGUUUCCCAGGUUUAAUAGUAAAUGGAAUUUAAUGAUACAUUUUUAAUGAAAUUUCAGAAACAGAAUCUCUCCCAUCUCUAAUUUGAUCAAUGUACUGCUUGUGCCAGCAAAGUAUUGAGGAUGCAAAAUGGCAACUGCUUAAUUUGUAUUGUGUUUAAUUCAGGAAAAUGAAUUUACACAGGCAAGCCACUAUGCAGAUUUAGCAGUAAAUUCUGAUAGAUACAACCCAUCUGCUCUCACAAAUAAAGGAAAUACGAUCUUUGCAAAUGGAGACUAUGAGAAGGCAGCAGAGUUCUAUAAGGAAUCUCUAAGAAAUGAUUCUUCGUGCACUGAAGCGCUUUACAACAUUGGUAAGUCUAAUAUACUUUAUGAUAAAUUUUGUGCUUGACAUUCUGGUUAUUAUAUGUAUCCUUUUUAGAAGGGAUUGAGGGACUACUUUUGAGCUUUAUUAUAUCCUUCUGAUUAAAGCUGUAUUAACUAACGAAAUAGUAGUGUGUGAUAUAAUUGUAAUUGUCUGACUUUAGAAUCUGCUGUCCACACCGAUGCUGAGACAGAGUUUCUGUCUGAGCAAGUUUUCUUAUCUCUUUCAACACUGACAUAUUGUUGUGCUUUUAACUGGGGUGAGGGGACACGAGAGGUACCCCUUCUUUUUUAAUGUUUAUGUAUUGUUGUUUAACUAAUGUGCCUUUACACCAGCUUCUUGUACAUAGGAUUGCUCCCUUAUUUCAUUUUCCAUAAUAAACAUGUUCUUAAAUUUCUGCUUCUUCGUCUUAUGAAUCAAUGAGAUUUGAAUCUUCCCGUUUAGAUGACCUUUGUUUUUAGGUUUAACAUAUAAAAAGCUGAACAGGUUAGAUGAGUCAUUGGAUUCUUUUCUGAAGCUUCACGCUAUCCUUCGAAACAGUGCCCAGGUUCUCUUCCAAAUAGCAAGCAUGUAUCUUUUCAACAAUUAUAGAAUCAAUCAUAUUACACACUAAAUCCUCUGUGUGUCUUUAUAAUGUAAUAAAGAUCUUUUUGAAGGAAGGGCGGGAUACAGAAUUUAUAAAUAAAUAAUAGUAAAGUGUAUGAUUACCUGAAGAUUGCAGUUAAAUUCCCAUGCGUCAGACUCACAGCGAGAAGUUCCUUAACUGGUGGUACUUCAGAUAUGAAUUAAUGGAGGAUCCUAAUCAGGCCAUUGAGUGGCUUAUGCAACUCAUCAGUGUUGUUCCAACGGACUCACAUGCAUUAGCAAAGCUUGGAGAACUCUAUGACAGUGAAGGAGAUAAGUCUCAGGCUUUUCAAUAUUACUACGAGGUAUGUGCUUUUGCCUUCUGCAAUAGGCAUACAAUGCAAAGGAACGCAUGCUAGCUUAAACUGAUGCUUUGAAAAGGAAAUUGUAUAUAGUAGACAUUUUUAUAUAAAGUAGUAGCUAUGUAAGUGUUGAAUCUAGUUUGAUGGUCACAUUCAAGUAUACAUACGGCAUAGGUCCCAAUAUGACUAAUCCAACCCUCUGGGUUGGAGUCAGAGAACAAUAAAUAGCAGAGCUCUUACAACUUCCCUCUCCCAAUUUGCUACAGUCCCCUCUGUAAAUGUGUAGGGUGGGGUACAGGGGGCUUCAGUGGUAUGGGAAAAUCAGAGAACUUUGUCGGGGAUGUAAUUCAGAAGGAGAAAUAUCUUUCUGUUUGCACAAUACAGUCAAACUUCAGUUGUCGAACAUAAUUUGUUCCAGAAGACUGUUUGACUUCCGAAACAUUUAAGAACCGAGGCGCGGCUUUCGAUUGUUUGCAAGAGCUUCUUGCACUCAAGCGGAAGCUGCGUUGGACGUUCGGGUUCUGAAAAACUGGAGGAUUUACUUCUGGGUUUUUGGCAUCCGGGAGCCAAAAUGAGCUGUUGAAGAACUGAGGUUUGACUGUAUUUUUUUUGAUACAUAUAUAUGAAUGAAAGAGAAUUAGAUACAGUUUCCUAUGAGCUGCAAUAUUCAAAUAAUGGCUCUCUUUUUAAUUCCUUGCUUUUAGCUGUAGCAUCAACUAAAACUUUCCUACUGCAGCUGUAGCAUCAACUAAAACUUUCCUACUGUGUGGUUCUUUUAACCGCACAGUGGCCCUUUGAAUCACCAUUCUCAUUCUGUUCUUCCUCCUGGCAGCGGCCUAUAGCUAUGUUGUUGUUUUUUGCUUGCACAAGGAGCAGCACGUUCUGUAUUAUUAUUUUUUUAAAAAAUCAUAACAAGAAUGGAUUUGAUCUGAUAUUUUAGCUUUUAGGGCAGCAGUCCUAAACACACUAGGGGAGUAACUCCAUAGAGCAUACUGGGAUGUUUUUACCAUGUGGAAGUGCAUAGGAUUGCACUGUAGAUGUAGCUUAUUGUUGUUGUUUUUUAAGUCAAGACAACUAAAAAUAUUUUUCAAUUGCCAAUUUUACCUUUCAAAAUAUAAAAUACACUCCUCCAACAGAUUGGCAGGAAACCUGUCCUGAAUACAGCUUUUUUCAAAAUUGUAAUGUAAAUGAAAAAAUAAAUUAUAUAAGAAAAUGAAGGUACUUUGUGGAGUGUAUCUUUAGUUUCACAAAAUAAAAAUGUUUGAAAAUAGGACAUGCAGAAACCUACCUCAGCAAAGUUUUCUAAAAUGUCUUUUUGCUAUUUCCAAAACCUGCCACAUUUUCUUUAGGGAUUAGUUAGUGUAUUAGCACACUGCUCUCAUUCAUAAAUUACAUGUUUUCAGCAUCUGGAGGAUUAAACACAUAAAUGAGUAAGAUAUUCCGAAAGCAGAAUAAAUAUGUUGUUUAUCACUAAUGUUGUAUUUCUUCCACCUUCUUUAUUUUGUCAGUCCUAUCGGUAUUUCCCUUCAAACAUUGAGGUCAUUGAAUGGCUUGGAGCCUAUUACAUUGACACACAAUUUUGUGAAAAAGCCAUUCACUACUUUGAAAGAGCAGCACUUAUUCAGUAAGCAACCAUUCAUGAUGUUGUUAUUUUUGUUGUUGUUGAGUGUUUAGACCAGUAUCAUUUGUAAGAGGACUUUCUGCAGUACACUUAUAUUGGACAUGGGGGAAGCACUUUGAUAUAUAUUUAUGUAUUAUGCUACAUGUAAAUUAUGGAGUAAUUUGUUUGGAGUUUUAAAGGAAGGAAUUCUAAGACUUCAGCUUAAGCCGAAACGCAGCACUGAGCAAAUGCAUCUACAUAGGUGAUCUUCAUGUGAUCAGAAGGUUUGAUUACUCUGGAUGACUUUUUUUCCUAGGACUGCAUUCAUAAGAAACAGGAGGCAACAUCCUUUAACAAUCCUAGCCUACCCAAAUAUGUUUGCUAUAUGAGAAAGUUUAGAUUUAUUUCCAGUGUUUGCUGCAAGCCACAUAAGAACAGCAACAGGAAUCACAGAGAGCAAGGGAGAUGCUUCAACCAUCAUGUCCCCUCCCCAGCAUCUCUCAUACCCACCCUCCCAAAGACAAAUUAAUUGCUUUGAUAAUUUUAAAUCAAGAAAUGUUUAGUGAGGACAAUAUACUAGAUAUAAAAAAGCUAUUGGACCUGGGAUUUGCUGCAGCUCAUACAUAAACCAAUAUUGAGCUACCUUGAUCAACGUUCUAACUUAGCCUGCAGCAGCCUCCUUAUUUUAUUUUUUAUAAUUCCCAUAAAUGCGUUUAAUUCUCACCAGCUGAAAUAGUUGAACUUCAGUGUGCUUAACAUUGGCUGGGACAAUAUCUUAUAUGUGAAAAGAAAAAAUGUUGGGCUCCAUCUACUAAGCAUACUGUACAAUCUUCAACAACGUCCUUGCCAGAUUAAAAACUGGCACGGUAACUUAAUCCCAAUGAAUACCAUAUUUCACCCUCAUGCUGGAAUCCAAGCAAGGAUUCAUUUGGGUAAAAAUUCACUUGGUGAAUAAUUUCCUUUAUACCCUUGAUGUUUAGAGCAAAGAUGCAUUUAUUUAAUUAAUAUCUUGCCACUCUUCGCAAGGGAGCUCAAGGCAGCAAACUAAAUAACUAAAUAGCAAAACAAUACCCAAAAAAAACCAUGUAGAAAAAUAAUUAUAUCUUAAAAACAUUGUAACAUUUUAUGAGUAACACUUUGGGAUAUUUACCUGCAGACCAACUCAGGUGAAGUGGCAAUUGAUGGUUGCAAGCUGCUUCAGAAGAAGUGGUAAGUCUCCUUUCGUAUCUCAUGCUGACUUUGAUCAUCACUUUGAUCUCACUGUUUCACAGUGUUUAACCAUUGCAGGCAAUCGGGAGGGUCUUUUUUUCAUCCUGAUCUUACGCACAUUUACUCAGAGAUAAGUUCAAUGGGACUUACUCCCUGAUAAUUAUGUAUACGAUUGCAGCCUUAAUAACUAACUGGUUUCAUUACGUGUUUUUAUUUUGCAUUUGAAUGCUUAAAGAGCGUGCUAUAAUGUUUGGACUAUUUGUAAAGUAGAUUAUUAAACAUCAGGGGUUGUAUUCAGCAAAGUUGACCCGUUAAUGCAAGGACUUCAGCCCGUGCAAAGGGAUUUCCUCUCCCUGUGCACCGCCAAUACAUUUUUGUGAGGGGGUUCUCCAACCCUCCAGAGCAGAUAGGGGGCGCAAACAGGAAGAGGAAGCAGGAGAGGAUGUCCUGUUGCACAGCUGCAAGUCCUUGUGCAAAUGGGACGACUUGGUUGUAUAUAACCUGUGAUCUCAUUUUCCACAUGUUUUUCAGGACAGUGGGUUUGGUCUUUCCUCAAUAGCUGUGGUACUGUCAAGGACCCUGUUGCCUGAAUAAUACUAACCCUGUAAUGGGGAGGGACAGCAUUCUUGUAUUAUUUGUUUACAAAUGGGUAACAAUAAAAAUGAUAUGUUUGACUAUCUAACAUCUUGAAUUCUGAUGUGACCAAAAUGCAGUUGAGAUGUAGGAAAUCUUUGAUCUCUUGGCAUAUUUUUCUUUAGUUAAAAUCAGCCAUGAUAGGGGUAGGAUAUGGAUUAGAGUUGCAAUGCUGUGGUGUUUAACCCUUUCCCUCCCCAUACCGUUUCCUGAAAUAAAUUGUCCUUCCAGAGCUACUCUUAACUGCAGAGGAUGAGGAAGACGGGUACCCACAUUUUCCCAUUCUGCAGCUAAUAACAGCUUUGGCAGAGCAGACAGUUUUAAGCAGUGACAGACUUUGGCCUUUAAAAUUUUAGCAGUGCCAAAAUCCCCAUCUCUCAUCUUCCAUUGUUUGUCAUUGUUGUGGCACCCCUGCAGAGCCCUCUCGGCUCAGAGCCCAGCGCGGGCAAACUGGUUGUGCUCCCCUAAAUCUGCUUUUUUUAAGUUGGGGAACACUGUGAUGGGAAAGAAUUAGACUCUCCCUCAGCCCUGCAAGCCAGUCCACCCCUUGCCCAAGCUAAGGGAUGCUGGAGAACCUCUGUUUCUCAUGCAGAGCUGUAGCUGGGGGCAGGCGAGUCUAGCCAGGGUUUCUGCCCUGGGUGAAGCCUCCAGAGGGACGCCAUUGAGGCUCCCAGCCUCCUAGCAUGUCUGGGCUGCAGACGGAGAGAAACAUGAAAAAGUGAACAGCAGCCACAAGCUCCAUCCUGAAGAAGGCUUAUUUACAAUGUGAUGCAGGGAGAAGGAGAGUUGGAAAAUCUGGAGAAGCUGCGUGGCUCUCCCCAAUAAAGAAGAUAGGAUGGCCUGUGGGUUUGCUACUGUGUGAGAAAUAAAUUUUGGAGGGGGGGGCGGGAAGCUGAGGAAGAGAAUCAGUUGGACUAGAUGAUCCUUGAGGUCCCUUCCAGCUGUACGAUUCCGUGAUCCCUUCAGAACUUUGAAUGUGUUUAAAUAGCUUUGGUUGAGUCAUUUUACAGUCUAUACAUGAUCUACACACAGGAAAGUAAGGGGUGUGUGAGCAUUUUUCCUGCCAGAGACAGUUCCCUGGCAAGCUCUGGUCAGCCCAGCUGCAUUAGGAAUGUAAUGGAAGGGCACUUUCUACUUUAGACUCGCAAAAAGCAUUUCUUCACCUUACACAGAACCUAAAAUGACUACAAAAUGUCUUUGACCCGGGUGACAGAAAACCUAGUUUUGGCCCUGUCUCAUGGUAGUGUCUCUGUGUGUUUUAUAUUACUAACAGGUAACUACCAAAAAGCUCUUGAUACCUACAAGGCGAUUCACAGAAAGUUUCCUGAAAACGCGGAAUGUAAGUGGUUUUAUAUGAUGCACCUUUUAUCCUAAGCACACUUUUUAUAUUGGAUAGUCUUAAGGCAAGGGGAGCCAAUAGCAUGGCCUCCAGAUGCUGUGGAUUUCAACUCCCGUCAUCCCUGACCUACUGACUAGGGAGCUGAAGACUGUACACAGCAUACAUUUAAAGCACUGCCCCUUCUCCAAAAGAAGGAUCUUGGAAAUGGUAGUUUACUCCUAACAAAGCUACAAUUCCCAGCAACCUUAACAAGCUACAGUACCCAGGAAUCUUUGGAUGGGGGGAGGGAUAUGUUUGAAACGCAUGGUGUAUAUGCAGUCUUUGUCUACAUACAACAACUGGAGGGCCCAUGUUGGCUACCCAUGUGCAAAGUAUCAAUACUUGCCUUAACACAGUGAUAAUCAUUAUCCAUUUGUGGCAGGUCAAUGCCAUCUAUGUUGCUUCUCAAAAUAAACCUACAGCCACCAGCCAUGCCCUCAUAUGGCUCUGUGGUUAGCGCAAAGCUCCUGCACGAGCAGGCUUCCCAGUGCUCUUCAAACAGAGGGAGCCUCUCCAUCUGAGAAUUUCCUGCUUUGGGGUAAAUAGGAAAGAUGUGGAGAAAGGAUCUUUUCUGGAUCUCUCAUGUUGAAAUCUGGAAGUCCCAUUUGCAUAAAAAUCAUUGGAUAUAGGGCUUCUCUGUAGUGCAUUGCAUGCAUAGUGCAGAUGGCAUUGGUGGGAUACACACAUGGGACUUCAACAAAUAGCUUGUGCAGAUCAACAGGUGCUGAUAUUCCUAACAUGUAUGAACAGUAAGUAAAUUCAAUUUAUGAACAACUAACUUUCAGUAUGCUCAUUAAAGAUGUUCAGUAUUCUGCGUAUAAAGAGCCAUUGGCACUGGCCCCCUUAGAUAUAUUCAGUGCUCCUUCCUCAGUGUUCAGCAUUGUAAGUAGCAUUCUAGCCAUUGCUUGCUCCCAUCAUCCCAUCAACUCAUCUAAUCAGUGAGUUCAAAAUUCCGUGCAGAUUUUUCAUGCAUCUGAUGAAAUGGACUCUGGCCACAAAAGCUUAUGCUAGAAUAAAUAUGUUCAAUUCUAAGGUGUCACAAGGCUUGUUGUCGCUUUUGCUACCACAAACUAACAUGGUUAGCCCAUUAAUUUUUUAAAAAACUGAUCUAAUAAAUUACUUUUCAACACAUUAGACUGUCUUGUUGUUUUCUUUGGGUUACAACUGCCACCAUGGGCUUCUGCCCACCUCCAUAGCUAACUACGGGCCUGUAACUUAUUAUCGUAUUACCAUUCUGCAUAUAGGAAGGUAUUUUUACAAAAUACCAGCUUGUUUUUAUUUAAAUGUAUUUCUUUUCACAGCUUCAUUACUAGACACUGGAGCAGAAAAAUAGCUCUUUUUUACUACACCUCUGUCAUGUUUGCUAAAUCAUAUUGCCACUCAAUAAAUACAGUCGUCACAAUUCAACACAGUAAAACUACUUAAUCCGUUGAAAUCACUGGGCUUAAUUGCAGUUGGAUUGCGGUCAUUGUUGCUAGGCUGUGUGCUCUGCUUAUUUUUUCAGCUGCUUUUAAGUCCAAUAAUGGCAACUAAUGGUAUGACUUUUAUACCACUAGGUUUACGCUUUUUGGUCCGACUCUGCACAGACAUGGGCUUGAAAGAAAUCCAAGAGUAUGCAACAAAGCUUAAGAGAGUGGAAAAACUGAAAGAAAUAAGGGAACAGGUAUGUUGGGUCACUUAAACAACUAAAUCUCACUGUUUCUCAAAAAUCUGUAAAGAAUGUUCUCUUAAAUUUCAAUUUGUAUAAGGAGCUGAGGUGCGGCUGAUUCUUCCUUUAUUGCAAAUGUUGCUCACAAGACCUGCGGAAAUCUUGGUAUCUUGCUUUCUAAAGCUACUUUUUAUGCUUCUGAACAAGCAGCUGUUUUCUGUCCUCAAUGCAAAUUAAGAAGCGGAUGGUAAAAUAUAAACUUUUAGAGGUUUGUGAUUUAAUUAGUCUGUCUAGAACCGUCAAACCAAAAUUUCACUUCAAAUACAAUUCUUAAUAUAAUAUUUGGAACAAAGUUAUUGUCUACAUCUUACUGAGCUUGCUGGACUAUCUGAGGCUGUGAUCAGUGAUUUAUCUAUGCUCAGUAGAAACAUACUUUGGAAUUAAAAAUAAGCCCACCAGCAUCUAUGUUGUGACACAAACUGAUCUGCAUCUGUCAUAAGUCACCCAUUGUCCACUCCCAUAACAGUUGCAUACAAAAAGGACCAGCCAAUAUACAGUGUGCCAGGAAUAGCAAUACUUAAUAUGAGAGCUGGGGUGGUGCAGUGGUUAGAGUGUCAAACCAGGACUUGGGAAGCCAGGGUUCAAAUCCCCACUUGCCAUUAAACUCACUUGGGCGAGUCCCUGUCUCUCAACCAUUGGAAACUCAGAUCAAUUCACAUGCAAAACUAGUUAAACUGACUUUUUGUUUGUUUAUUUCGUUUUUCUGAGUGGCUGAUAAAUCUUCAGGGAAAAUUCAUUGCUGCAGGUUUUCAUAAUGGAAUGCCCUCCCCCAGAGUACCUCACCUGACAAAAAGUUUGAUGCCUUUCCUUUUUAUUCGCCUAGGCCUUCCAGAAUAUUUUGUAGCUAUUUUUUUCUGUGUGUUUUAUUUUACGAGCUGUUGUGUUUCUGCAGAUUUCACGUUUUGUUUUGUGUCUGUAUUUUCAGUCUUAAGUUCUACUUGUUGAAGGGGAGGGAGGUACAGCCCUGAAAAUAAUAAGCCACGCACAGGUUAUUGAUAAACAGCGAAAGGAUCUUGCCCACUAGGUGUAGGCUUUGGCUGUAAAGUCUUUUGGCAGUACCUCACACUGCCCUGCUGCUCAGUACCUAGUAACUACAGUACUUGGGAGGAUUAAGGAAGAGCUUCCACUACAUCUCUUGGAUACUGCUAAUGCCAUUCUACGAUAGCAUGGAUCAUACAUUCAGAACUGUGGCUUUAGUAUGAUAGUUUCAGUUGAAAACAUUAACUUAAUAGUCUGUGCACCUGCACAAAUUCUGUAGACUUGUUCAUGUAUUUAGUCAAAGGUAUUUCCAUCUGUCUACAAGUUCAUGACCUAAGAGACCUUACAGCCAAAGAAAAUUUUCCUGCCUGUUUUUAUGCUUCCUACAUCAAGCUGACCUAGCAGUUUCUUUACAAGAAGUUGCUGAGGAACAGCUUUUUAAACACCACAUAUUCUGUGAUUUUAGAUGAAUGCAUACCCACACAUCUUUUUUUAAAAAAAUAGAGGUUUGCAAAAUAUGCACUGGCGCUGGGGUGAGAUUUGUUUUUCAAGCUAGCAAUUAAAGGUUAACCUUGGAUCCAUGCACCUGUUGAUUGCAAAUUCAAAUGUUGAUUUUUGCACAAUUGACAAAAUCCAUAUUGUGAAAAGUGGGAUUUAUAAUUAAAAUCCCAAUCAGUCGUGACAUUCAAAAGUGCUUCUUGAGCAAAAUUAGCGAUUAUAAAAUUUAUGCAGCUGGAAAAAAAUCUUACCGCCUUCCUCAUUCCAAGAAAGUGCACUUUCCCAAUAAAUAUUUAACGGUUUUCAUUUUAGAAUAUACACUUUCCAACAAAUAAAUUAAUGUUUUUAAAUUCAGUGCCAAGUAUAUUAGAAACAUAAAACCUGGAGGGUGGCAAUUUUUUUAAUGUGUUCCCUACAAGUUUGCAAUAAUAAAAUAAUUUUGGAUUUACAAGAUUUUAAUAUGCAGACGUUUUCUUGAAGUGCUGUUGAAGAAUAUCUUCACUAUUUUUUCAGCUGAACCUUCCAACUGUAAUAUAAGGCAUUUUUCAUCAUCUGUUUUAUAUGAACCUGAUCUAAAAUAGCAUAGAUUUUAUUGAAAUCCCUUUGCUGAACCUUCCAAGUCUAUGCGAGCAUUGUUAGGUUCAAGAUUUUUAUUACGUGCAACUUUUAACAUCGUGUUUUAAUUAUGCCGUUCAGUGACAACAUGCCAAGUCCACUUCACUGCAAUUUUUAUUAUAUCUAGAAGUAAAUGUACUUGGCAACUAGAAGUGCAAUCUUACUGAUUUCUUGGAUUUGCUUAGGAAUAAAAUUGAUUCACAUAUGUAUGUUCAUCACUUGGUGGCUGCUGUGUUCAGUGAUGACUGUGUUCAGUGAAUAGAUCCUGCAUAAAUAGUAGAGUGUUAGGACCUGAAACAUCAACUCUGUCAUUGAUGAUUUAGCUGAGUUUCCUACAUUGCAGGGGGUUGCACUAGAAAGAUGACCCUUGGGGUCUCUUCCAGCUUCUAUGAUUCUGCUUUUCUGCUUCAACAAUAUUUCAUUAUGGUCCUAUCAUUUUAUGUAAUUGUAUUUUGUAUAAAUUAUAAAAAUUAUAUAUAAAACAUGUUCUAUUUGCAAACAAAACAUUUAAAUAGCUACCUUUCUACCGGUAGGAUGGGGGGAGGCAUAGGCAUAGCCAGGACUUUUGUUAGAACCUCAGAUUUGUGUUGGUUUUUACUUAUUUGGGGGGCAGCUGCCACCCAGGCUACGUCGAAGGGGGGGGGGCACAGGAAGGAAAUGAGGUUGGCAGAGGGACAUGGUUGGGGAAAGGUUGGGAAACACUGCUGUAGAGGACAUCAGGCAUGGAAAAGUUCAAGUAAUCGCUGAUGUAAUUGGAGCACACUCUUAAGUACACUUCUGAUUGUUCCUUUGCAGUCCCAUUUUGAACUUUCAAUGACCAUAUGAAGUCACGUCCUCCACAGGUGGGCAGCCCUAUCUGCCUGUCCAAGUGGCCCUCAGUCCUGUCAAAGCGGCCCUUGUCCAGGAUAUGCCUGCCUUGCCUGAGGUCAAUGCUUGCUUCAUUUCCCCCUGAACCAUUCCAACAAUCUCACUGAUGCUGUUUUAGUUUGUCAUCUUAAUUUUCAUGCUUUAUUUUCUUUUUUUAAAAAAGAUUUUACUAUUUCUUACUACUCUGGCAGCCAUCCUUGGAACAUAAUUUAUGUCAGUGGGGUUUGAUAUAAGUGACAUAAACAAGUAAUAGGUACAGUGGUACCUCGGGUUACAUACGCUUCAGGUUACAUACGCUUCAGGUUACAGACUCCGCUAACCCAGAAAUAGUACCUCGGGUUAAGAACUUUGCUUCAGGAUGAGAACAGAAAUUGUGCGGCAUCAGUGGGAGGCCCCAUUAGCUAAAGUGGUGCUUCAGGUUAAGAACAGUUUCAGGUUAAGAACGGACCUCCGGAACGAAUUGAGUACUUAACCCGAGGUACCACUGUAAUCAGAAAUCUAAUAGCUGCCAGUCAAUAAGUAUUCAGCAGUCAAGAAUGGAGAAAUCUAGUGACAUAGGCACAAGGAGACAAAAGAUGGAUGACAAAGAGACAACAUUAAUUUGAAUAUAGGAAGCUGCCUUAUAUUGAGUCAGACCAUUGGUCCAUCCAGCUCAGUACUGUCUACACUGACUGGCAGUGACUCUCCAGGGUUUCAGGCAGGAGUCUCUCCCAGUCCUACCUGGAGAUGCUGGGGACUUGGAACCUUCUGCGUGCAAAGCAGAUCCACACCACUGAGCUGUGGCCCUCCCCAGUGCCACCUUGGGAUGGAAUAGCCUUGCAGGCCAAAUGAGCACAGUAGCCCUUCUUGAGAUAUGCUUAGGGUUUCAGCUUUAGGGUAAGCUUUCCACCGGGAAAUUCUUUUCCACAUGCUUCACAGAAACAAUGGGGAUACCGCAAGACAAUGAUGGUGCUCUUGUAUGAUUCUCAUUCAUUUCACCAAAGUGUUGGACUGGAAAGCUUUCCAGCAUGUGGAGCCCAUCAGACCCUGAGUAGGAAGCCAGGGAAGUACAGUUGACUGAGUGUUUGGUUUGUUUAUUUGCAUAUUUAGCUGUCUUGGUCCAAGAUGGUCUGAGAAGUUUAGAAUUCGUUCCAGUACACAGAGUAAAAACUGGCAUUAGCAUUACACACGAAUCUUCUUCAGUGAUCAUUUGUAGCCGAGUAAGAUUGUUUUCCAUAAACAUGGUUUUAACAGUGAGUCUGUAAGUGACUGUGGAAGCCAAUUCUGGAUCCACACGUCCUUCCACAGCAGGCACAUAGGUUUCCAGGCAGGAGUUGAUCGCAGUGAGGGUUUGCCAAAUGUGCCUUCCUCUUAGUACGUUUCUCCCUUUCGUCCUGAGUUCGAGCAUCUUCAAAGCCCAUGACACCUUUGGUAAAGGCUGUUCUCCAACUGGAGCAUUCACAGGCCAGUGUUUCCCAGUUGUCAGUGUUUCUACUACAUUUUUAGACACAAAUAUAGUGUGUUGAACCUGCAACAAAUCCCCACUCAGUCAUGAUGCUCACCAAAUGGCCUCGCUAUCCAGUGGAAGUGUGAGGUAUACCUUGUACGUUAAAAGUAACAGAAACGAUUGGUGAUAAUAUUAAAGAGCACUUCUGUCUCUUUCUUUCUCUCCUCCCUAGCGUGUCAAGUCUGGCAGAGAUGGCAGUGCCCGGGCACGCAGAGAAGGCAGCGGUGGUGGUGGUAAGUGCUGCUCAUAUGCUGCCAUAUCUAAGGUUUCUGAAAGCAAAGAAAAUGUGAUUCCAUUUAUUAGUCCUGCUGUCUGCAUUCUCUCUGUGGAGAGGGAGAUGUGGAUCAAAGGAGCAUUGGAUAAUUGCAGGGGAUGGGGUAGAACAUGUGAAAGGAGGUGAUACCUAAAUAACACUACUAAGAAUCCUGAUGUACUUUAAUUUGUUAAGAUAGAGCCAGUGUACUGGAACUAAGACUGAGAGUCAGGAAAACUGUGGUCCAACUCAAGACAUGACCAGUACCAAGACCUACUCACAGUGGUGGCUGUAAGGAUUUCUGAGUUCACACUUAACAAUUGGUAUUUGCUUGUGGUUUCAUAUCCUGGUUUGUAAGCAAGGAUUAAACCAAUAAAUCGGAAGCUGAUUUAGCAGCCCAAGAUUGUUACAUCUGAACCAUAUGUGGAAUGCUUUAAAUACUGUUUUUAUUUUGUUUUAUAUCGAGCAGAAACACAUAAUCUUUGGUCUCCCAUACGUGCCUUUAUGGUGUGAUAUUUUGUCUAAUAUUCUCUCCCUUCUGUCAGAUCCUGGUAGCAUCACGCAUAAAGGGGAGCGUCUGAGUGCUAAACUGAAAGCUUUGCCAGGAACAUAUGAGCCCUAUGAAAGCAGUGGUAAUAAAGAAAUAGGUAACUGAUGUUUCUAAUAGCUUCCUUUGAAACAAAAUACUGACUGUCAGAAGGUACCCUUUUUCUCAUGGAAUUAUUAAAAGUUAGAGACUGUGUUGCUUUUCUUUGUAAAAAAUGUGUGUUUCUACUUCUUUUUUUAAAUUUAGAUGCUUCCUAUAUUGACCCACUUGGACCACAGGCUGAGAGACCAAAAACUGCACUGAGGAAAAAAAUGGAUGAAGAUGAAUUUGCUGAUGAAGAACUGGGAGAUGAUUUGCUUCCAGAAUAA